AAACCCUAAAUCACUAAUUGCUUAUCAACAAGAAUCACUCAUCAUCAUCAUCAGCCAUGGCUACAAAAUUAAAGAAAGGAAUGCCAGUGGUAAAGGCGUGGCUAGUGAUAUGAGAAUCAGGUCAGUCUUCUAUCGAGGAAAUAGGGAAACACUCGAUAAUGAAGAGGACUGGAUUGCCUGCACGAGACCUGAGAGCAUUGGAUCCGGUUCUAUCGUAUCCGUCGUCGAUUUUGGGACGAGAGAGGGCUAUUGUUGUGAGUUUGGAGCACAUCAGGGCUAUUAUUACCUCGAAGGAAGUGCUUUUGAUUAAUUAUAAUAAUCCUCUGGUGGUUCAGUUUGUCCAGGAUCUUCAGCAUCGUAUUGUUUUUGGUAACAAUAAUGUCACUUCUCCACACCAGGCAAUGGAUCAUACUGGUAAAGAAAUGGAGGACUCAGCUGAGGUUACAUGGGGUUCACCCAUAUUAAAUACACUUCAUUCUUCAGCAAAAAGCUUAAGCAAGAGGAAAGCUCCAACUUUUAAUUUUGUAAAUAUGAAAAGUCAGGAAAUAGAGGGUGAGGGUGCGAAUUCAACAAUAAAUGUUUCAGUAGCUGCAGGUUCCAAGGCGCUUCCUUUUGAGUUCAAAGCACUUGAAGCUUGCCUUGAAUCUGCUUGUAGGUGCCUUGAAACUGAGACUCGGACAUUGGAGGAAGAGGCAUAUCCUGCCUUGGAUGAGCUGACUUCUAAAAUUAGCACACUCAAUCUUGAACGUGUUAGACAGAUAAAAAGUCGUCUUGUUGCUUUAUCCGGUCGCGUUCAAAAGGUGAGGGAUGAACUUGAAAAUCUGCUGGAUGAUGACAAUGAUAUGGCAGAAAUGUACUUGACAGAAAAAGUUGUUGCUCGUGCAGUGGAUCAAAUUUCUACCAUAGGGGAAGUGUAUGACGGUGAACGUGAAGUAGAUGAUGACAGUGUUGAUGACUGAUCUGAAACCAACACCAGCGUUAAGCCAGACAUCGAAGAGUUAGAGAUGCUUUUGGAAGCAUAUUUUGCACAACUAGAUGGCAUCUUACAGAAACUAUCCGGUAUGAGUGAAUAUGUGGAUGACACAGAGGACUUCAUCAACAUAAUGUUAGAUGACAAACAAAAUCAGCUGCUGCAGAUGGGAGUGAUCCUCAGCGCUGCAAACAUGAUACUCAAUGCAGGCAUUGCGGUUGUAGGAUUCUUUGGAAUGAACAUUCAUGUUACACUGUUUGAUGAGAAACCAAAACAAUUUUGGGAGACUGUGAUCGGUACAUGUGGAGGUUGUAUUGCUUUAUUUCUAGUUCUUUUAGGGUGGGGCAAGAGAAAAAAAAUAUUGGCUCUGUAAACUUGUUCGCCUUUCUCUUUUAGUGCAGGUGGUCUUUUGGCUUAUUUGUCACACGCCAAGAAAAAGAAGAAGAAAAGGAGAGAACAGCUGGGGAGAAUUUUACUAAAGGAGUUAAGAAAU